AUGGGUAAAGUUAAAGUUGAAAUGAAUGGCGAUGAGAAUGAGAAAGCGACAGGUGAUGCUGAUAAAAGCUUGGAUAAAAGUUUGGAUAAAAGCUUGGCGGAACCAACGACAGAAAAGUGCGUGCGUAUAAUGGUGAAUUGCAAUGAGGUUUUUGACGUUCUCCAUCGAAAACUUUUGGGUAAGGAAGGAGGAGAGGGAGACUCGAAUGGUGUUUUCACCAAAAAAUUCUUCUUUCCAUCAUCGGAUCAUGGAGCUCAUAAUCCAGUCUCACUCUCC